UUAAAAAUUCGCCAGAAUUCGCAAGCGAGCACAAAUUUAACAAAAAAACGCGUUGAAAUAAGACAACUGCGUACGUUGCUCCAAUAACAAUAAGAUGUACAUAUAAGUAGCGUACAGCACGCAGACACCCGGUCACCCUAUUAACAAUAGCAACGCCUUACGCCGCAAAGCACACGCUGCUGCUGCUUGCAGCUGCAAAAGCGCAAUGGGACUCGACUUUGAUGUCGUGGAGUACUGCCGUGGCGUAAAAACAAAACAAUCCCAGCCGCCAUUUGGUUGUCCAGUGCGCGACUGUGAUCGAAGCUAUAAGACGCUAGCCGGCCUGCAGGGCCAUCUAACCAACUACGAUCACGACAAUCCACAGCCGUUAACGCCAGUGCUAAAGCCAAACAGAAAAAAGGCGCGCUCCGCGAGAGCGCUGCAUUCAACGCCCAAAGACAAUGGAAGUGGUGGUGCCAACUCCGAAGGUGAAAAUGGCUGCAGUAACAGUCGCAGCAAUGCGAAUCCCGAGUCGUUGGUUUGCUAUAAUGAGCAGGAGGAGACGGUUACCUUUAACAUCGAUGGUAAAAGUGUGCGCCUGGGCAUAGAAGAGCCAUUGCCCAUGGUGGAUGAGGAAGAGUUCGUUCGGCUGGUUGAACGUGGCUGCAUUUUGAAUGCGUCUGCCGUGCCGCUGGAGCAGCAGUCAGCUUGGGCACAGGUGAAGCCCCCAGUGGCGAAUGUGCGUGAAAUCGAUGACUACAAUGUGCCUGAUGCCCCGCCACGACCCUUGGCCUACUAUCGCUUCAUAGAGAAGUCGGUCGAGGAGCUGGACGGAGAAAUAGAAUACGAUGUAGAUGAGGAGGACUCUGCCUGGCUGGAGCAUAUGAACGAGCAGCGUGCCAAGCUAAAUCUCAAUGCGGUUAGCAUAGAUACCAUGGAGCUGCUAAUGGAUCGCCUCGAGAAGGAAUCUCAUUUCCAGGCAGCAGCCAAUGGAACGCCCACGGGCGUGGAGGUGGACGAUGAUGCAGUCUGCUGCAUUUGCCUGGACGGCGAAUGUCAGAACACCAACGUGAUACUCUUCUGCGACAUGUGCAACCUGGCGGUGCAUCAGGAUUGCUACGGCGUACCCUAUAUACCCGAAGGCCAAUGGCUUUGCCGACGCUGUCUGCAGUCGCCCAGCAAACCAGUCAAUUGUGUGCUCUGUCCGAACGCAGGAGGCGCCUUUAAGCAAACGGAUCACGGACAAUGGGCGCAUGUGGUCUGCGCCUUGUGGAUACCCGAGGUGCGCUUUGCCAACACGGUAUUCCUUGAGCCCAUUGAUUCCAUUGAGACAAUACCAGCGGCGCGUUGGCGCCUCACCUGCUAUGUGUGCAAGGAGAAGGGCUUGGGCGCCUGCAUACAAUGCCAUAGAAACAGCUGCUAUGCCGCCUUCCAUGUAACCUGUGCGCAGCAGGCGGGUCUCUAUAUGACUAUGGAUACGGUCAAAGACGGCCACAACGAUAGCUCUAUGCAUGUGCAAAAGUUUGCCUAUUGCCAUGCGCACACGCCCGCGGAUGCCAAGCUGAAGACAAAUGUGCCGGACUUUGAGGAUACGCGCCAGAAGAUGCGUGAGGCACGCAAAGCUCUGGCCAAGAAACGUUCCACUGCGCCCGUGGUGCUCAUACCCACGAUACCGCCAGAGCGCGUGCAUGAGAUUGCGAGCAUGGUGCAUAUGCAAAAGAAGAAAGAGUUUUUGGACAGGAUUAUUGCGUAUUGGACGCUGAAGCGGCAUUAUCGCAAUGGUGUGCCGCUGCUGCGACGCUUACAGAGUCAGGGCAACAGUCAUGGCAUGUUGCAACGCAACGGCAUCGAAGGCUCGCCGGACACUAAUGAGCUCUACCGGCAGCUUAAAUAUUGGCAGUGCCUGCGCCAGGAUCUGGAGCGUGCGCGUCUGCUUUGCGAACUGGUGCGCAAGCGUGAGAAGCUUAAGGUGGCCUUUGUCAAGAUAUCGGAGGAGGUAGUUAUGCUGCAACUGAAUCCGCUCGAGUCCGCAUUAGCCAAGCUGCUCGAUGCGCUCGAAACGCGCGAUACGAUGGAAAUCUUUCGCGAGCCCGUGGACACUAGCGAGGUGCCUGACUAUAUGGACAUUGUGAAGCAGCCCAUGGAUCUGGGCACAAUGCGCACCAAGCUCAAGGACUGCAAAUACAGCACGCUGGAGCAGAUGGAGGCAGACUUUGAUCUUAUGAUACAAAACUGUUUGGCCUACAACAACAAGGACACGGUAUUCUAUCGUGCUGGAAUACGCAUGCGAGAUCAGGCGGCGCCACUGUUUGUGCAGCUGCGCAAAGAAUUGCAGCGGGAUGGACUGCUCGAGCGUAGCCAGCGUACGCUAUCAGAUCAUGUGGAGCUGGAAGUGGAGCAGGAGCUGCGACAGCUAUUGUCAGCGGUGCCCAGUGAGGAUGUGGUACAAAAGCUGCUCAUACUAGCAGACAAAUCGCAGGUACUCAAGAAUCCCAGCUACCGGACCAAGAAGAUUAAGCAAAUACGUCUCGAGAUUACACGCAUGCGCAAAUCCUUGCAGAAGUCGCGUUUCCAAGCGCGCCAUGCGGCACAGUCGCAGAGCGAGGACGAGUACACGCCUCGUGUUGCAACGCCGAAACGCACGCGUCAGCGUCUUAAUAGCAGCGCCAUGGACUUGGACGAGUCACAGGAUCAAGCUGAUGAAGAAGAAGACGAAGACAGCGAGGAUGAUUCACUGGCUGAGGAGGAAACCAGCAAGCUGGGUUCGCACUUAACGCAAACACCGCCCUGCAGUCCCGUCAAGAGUCUCAACAACAGCAGCAGCUCACCCGUUGGCAUCAAUCGCAGAACUGCCAUUUUGCUUACUCGUAAGGCUCAGGCAGCGCUCAAGCGUCCCACGGAGCCGCUGACGACGCCCGUUAAGGAGGAGCAACAUAAUUCACAGUCCUCCAGCACGCAGUCCAACAGUUCCAAUGCCACUGCUGCCACCGCUGCCUCCAGCACGCUUAAUGCCAACACUCCCACUGCGGUAGCAGGCAAUAGCUUUGGUCUCAAUCAUGUGGCUGGCGCUGUUGCAGCGCCGUCCGUGCUAGGCCUAAGCCAAAAGCUAAGCACGAGUCUGGUCUCCAAGUCACCCAAGCGUCCAGCGCGCUAUCGCCGCCUGCCUUCCAUGUCACCAAAGAAGUCGCCCAUACCUCAGGCCAAUGCUGUAACGGAGGCGGCAGCAGUAGCGACGACGACGACGACGACGGCGGCGUCGCUUCCCUUCGAGCGCAUACCCGACAGUUUUCGAGUUUAUCGCGCCAACAAUCAGCGUGAUGUGAGCGAUGAAAGCGAUGAGGCACCCUCCCAGUCCAGUAGUCCCUGCAGCAGCUGCUCCGACUUUAGUAUGAGCGGCAGCUGCUCCGACUUUGACAGCGAUGAGGCUAGUGAUGGCGAUGAUGCGGACUCGGAUAGCGUUAGAGCGCAAGGGCUGCAGCAAGACGAUUGCACGACAGACGCCAUGGAUCUGGAGCAUGGCAGUUUGCAGUCAGGCCAGCGCAAUGGCAACAUGGCCAUAAGCAGCGAGGACAGCAGCGAGGAGAGCGAAGAGGAUGACGAUGAGGAGCAACAGCCGCUGGGCAGCGGCAAGCCACGUGUAACACGUAACACGCCCACACCGCUGCAAGGGCGUGGCAGUGCCAUGUCAGCCGCCCGUGGACGCGGCAAGCGGCGCAGUAAUCUCAGUGAAUCCACCACCAGCUCAACAGCAACGCCGCCACCGCGUGCCGUCAAGCUGCGAGCAGCGACGCCCAAUGCCUCGCCGCUGGUGAAUAACAUAAAGUCGCGACGCAGCACCACGACCAGCGCCAUCAACAACAACCGCAGCAACAAGCAUGCUUAUGAGGAGGCCGAGCAUGAAUCGGAGUCCACAAUGACGCGCGCAUCGAGAGCCACGCUGGAGCCGCUGCAGCUGGUCUGGGCCAAGUGCCGCGGCUAUCCCUGGUAUCCAGCGCUAAUACUUGAUCCCAAAACGCCCAAGGGCUUUGUCUACAACGGCGUGCCGCUGCCCGCGCCGCCCACCGAUGUGCUGGCGCUGCGUAAGAAUUGUCUGGACGAUGUGGUCUUUCUAGUGCUGUUCUUCGAUGUUAAACGCACCUGGCAGUGGCUGCCGGCCAAUAAGCUGGACAUACUCGGCAUAGACAAGCAGCUGGACCAGCAAAAGCUUGUGGAGUCGCGCAAGCCGGCGGAACGCAAAGCCGUUAAGAAGGCCUAUCAAGAUGCGUUGCUCUAUCAGAGCCAGGUGUCCGAUUUGGAAGGACAGGGCCCGGAUCCCAUUAUGUGAAAGCUGUUUGCCUGUUUGCAGCUGCAGCAACCCGCCUUGUAAUUAGUUAUCGCUAAACGAUCUAUGGUUAUA